AUGCUGGAGAUGCAUAAAGAUGGCGUAACGUUAGCAUGCGUUCGAUAUAUCCAGCAAUAUGGCGCUCGAUUUGAAAUCUGGCUACAAAUCAUUAUUGCUAAUGGUACCAUCUGUUACUUUCAGAUUAGAUUUUACUCACUGUUAAUAUUCAACCUUAUAAUUUUAAAUUUUACCAUUUUUUUCUUGGAUAUACAAUGGAGUCAACACUUAGGAGAACAAUUUGGACCAACAAAUACCAACAUCGAGUGGGAAGGGGUAAACACUACGAAGCAUCAUUUUCCAUCAAAAAUUUGGAUAGUAAAACCAACUUGGGAAGCAACUCUUAAAAUUCUCAGCAUUUUGCCCAUCAUUCUUAUGGGUAUACUGGCUAAUGGUGGAUUGAUCUACAUAAUAACCCGUGCUAAAUCUUUGCACACUACUACAAAUCUUCUCAUCGUUAACAUGGCAAUUGCAGAUAUAUGUAUCUGCAUUUUAUGCCCUUGGAUGUUUCUCUGUAUCGAUUUGUAUCAAAAUUAUAUACUUGGAUCAAUUGGUUGUAGAUUAGAUGGAUUUAUAGUGCAUGCUUUGACAUUAGUUGCUGUAUUUAAUUUGAGUGUAGUUAGUUAUGAUCGUUUAUCUGCUAUUGUAUUAAAUUGCUCUAGUAGAUUAACAAAAAGAUCUACACAUUUGCUGCUUUAUGCUAUAUGGAUUUUGGGUAUAAUAGUUGCAACACCAUUAUGUAUCUUUCGAAGCUAUUACGAAAGGCAAUGGAGUGAUUAUUUGGAAACAUAUUGUACCGAGGAUACUGUAGUGUUAUAUCCAUAUUGGCAUGUUUUUGCAGGUUUAAGCGUAUGGGCACCAUUAACUAUAAUGGCAAUAUGUUAUUCUGCUAUUCUCAUUAAGCUAGACAGAUUUGAAUCGCAAGCAUUGAGAAGUAAAUAUCCAAUCACAGUACGUUACAAAGGAAAAGUGGCUCGUGCUCUAGGUAUUAUUGUCUUGGCAUUUAUCUUUUGUCGUGUACCAUUCACAAUAUUAAUCAUUCAAAGAGCACGUCUUUUACAACAACCUUCUAAACCGGGACAAGCAGAAUCUAUGUAUUUUCUUUGGUAUAUAAGCAGAUAUCUUGUUCUUGUUAAUGCUGCAAUAAAUCCUCUAUUAUAUGGUUGCAGUAGUAGUUCUUUAAAAAAAGAAUUAGCACUAUGUCCUGCAACGUCUUGGCUUAUUUAUAAACGGAAAAAGAAAAUACAAGAAUCACGUAGUAAUCAACAAUUUAAUUCAGAACAAUUUAAUUGUCUGAAACCUCGAUCGCCUUGUAUUCGAUUAAAUUAUUAUCAAAGAAGUAGAAUACCAAAUAUUUCCUCAAGAAUUUCUCCAAUAAAUUUGGAUUUAAGUCCAAAUUAAGAUACUCUU